GAUUAAGUUAAUGAUCACUAAGCAAAACAACGUCAUCGCCAAAAUCCGACGUUCAACCACUCAAAGAACGAACAACUCGCAGCUUCACCACGGCACCCAGCUGCACUUCGCCUGGUCGUGUCAACCACCAUUGUCAGACCUUCAAAUCCGCCAGGUUCCAUUUUGUCUAUCUGAUUCACCCAAAUUCUACGACUACGCCUUUGAUUUCCAUCCAGUUGGCUACUCCUCAGGUGAGGUGGCCGUUCACCUUCUCGUUCGGCCAACAAAGCCAACAAACGUAGUAAUAAUCUUUUCGUUCCAGCUAACCCACGCCAACUCCUUGCUAUCUUCGUUGGUUGUAUCUAUAUCGCACUCCGCGCAUAACUGGCUUUCUACAUCACGCUCUCUCCGAAAGUGCAAGUGAAAUACUCCUUUUGCCAUAUACGACCAGCAGCCCAAUAAACUUGGGGCCUGCGCCACUCCCUUUACCCGACUUCUCGCCGUAAAUGCUAUUUUCAAUCCCUCUUCGUCUUAUCUUUUGACAGAAGAGUUGAUCGAUAAAUACGUGAUAUUUUCCGGCAGAUAACUUCUGUCCCUUCCACUCAGCCAUGGCUGACGAACCGAGGCCAGAGAGGUUGUACUGUUACCAGUGCCAGAGUGUAUGGGCAAGGGAAGCAGAGAGCCCAUUACUGUGUCCUAUCUGCGAGUCCGACUUUGUCGAAAUCGUGGAAACCGAUAACCCUCCACCAGAUCUCCAACUUCCUCGGGUAGACAACCCUCCUGGCCGCUACCAUUCCCGCUCAACAUCGCCCUUCCCUUCCAUAGAUGACCAUGGUUGGCGACCAGACAUCCGAACUGAACACCUCGAGAUCCCAGGCGGUGGUACAACGUUUCGGAGCUUUCGCUCGGGCGAUGGGAGAUUUUCCUUCGCAAGUACUUCUUUCCGGCCGCCCAGGGGUUCUUCCCCUCACGAACGACCCCAACAUGAUAUCCACAACGACCCCUUCGCGCUUCUUCGCAACACCACGGCUCUACUGCACGCCCUUACAGAAAACCGCCAUGCCCGGGUCGCACGGACACCCGGUCCCCCUGGCCUGCGUUCGCCAUUUGCUAUGCCUGACCUCCAUGAACCGCAUACCCGUCAUGGCCAUGAUGAUCUAGGCUUAAAUAUCAACGGAGACGGAAACAUGCUAAGAGUCAGUUGGCGUCUGACACCGCGAAAUGCAUACAACGCCCGAGAGGAUACGGAUCCUUUUGCUCAUUUACAAGAAGUCCUCGGACAAUUCGCUGGACACCAACAUGGAAACCGGUUGGACGAUGGGGCGGACAGGGAAGUAACAGCGAUACAAUCGUUGAUGCUGUCACUACUUCAAAACAUUGCCGCCGGCGGUGGAACCCUAGAUGAGAAUGCAGACCAACCGGUAACCCCCGAACAGCUCGCACUCCUCAAAACCCAGACAUUAAAAGAAACGUUACAAGAAACGGACGGGGCCCUUGAUCGUUUCGACGGCACGGAAACCUGCGGCAUCUGCAUGGAAACUGUCGAUCUAGAUUCUAGAGUCACGGUGCUGCCAUGCAAACACUGGUUCCACGCUACAUGCAUAUCCCCUUGGCUGGACGACCAUAAUACUUGCCCUCAUUGUAGAGCCAGGAUUGGGCGUCGCGCACCUCCAACGCCGAACGGGGAACAGCAUCGGGACUCAGGGCCCGGCCCAGCGUCCGACCAAACGCCCCCGCCUCGAUCUGCCUCCGCCCCUCGUGGUAUAGGAAGCAUGGCGGACCCGUUUAUUAUUUCAGACAGUCCGCCUCGUCGAUCAAGUUCGGGGAAUGGCAAUAGGUCACGGUCCCCGCGUUCCUCUACGAAUCGCGACGGUGCCAAUGCACUGUCCCACGAAACUGAGAGGCUCCGUUCACGCCCCGGGCAUGAUCACCCAGAACCCAACAACUUUGGUGGGUGGCUUUGGAAUUGGCUCUAUAAUAAUGAUGAUUAAAGUCACCCAUCCUCGGUUCCUACUACUACCGUACCCUUAAAUUCCACCUUCUCACAUUGAAAACUCCUCUCUCUUCGGCCACGACAAUUGCAAGGAGGUGACUUAUACAUGGGCCUUGCUCUACUAUUGUCACACCGGGCCUUGUGGCAGCCGAAAGAAUCCAACUGAAUUAAUACCCACUUCGUAACACGUGACCUAGUAGUGGAUAUCUCAGUUUUGAGAUGGGGAUCAUGAAUAUGAUAUGAUACCUUGAACAUCAACCCCCACGCAUCCUCUGCCAUAUUUUUUCCCCUCUUCUUCAGUCCACCUGUUUUUGUAUUCAUCUUUCUGUUUUAAUGGAAUAUAAAUUUUUAUUGUCAUUGUUGUUUUUUAUGUUGAUUUGUUUGACAGUUAAUAAAAAGAAUGUGCAGGUCUCACUUUUUCUCUUCUCUCUCUUCUUAUACAAGUAGAAGUUUCUUAGCAUCUAUAAGUGAGACAUAUAAGUGAGUUAAUCAUCUUCUCAUUAUUUUGCUUGUUUACAAUCAAAUAUAAUAACAGUUAUAUACUUAGACUGACCGUGUAAC